AUGGAAGCUGCAGCCAGAACAAAUCAGAACGUUGGCGUCACCUCGUGGCUCCCUUUGUUUCAAAAUUUAAAAGACAAAGCGGCAAAGUUGGGAAAGAAGCUUAAGAAGAUAGGCAAAGAAGACCCCAGAAGAAUCCUUCACUCUUUCAAAGCAGGACUCGCCAUUAGCCUCAUCUCCAUCUUCUACUACGUCAACCCUCUCUUCACCAGCCUCGGUUCCUCCUCCACCAUGUGGGCUGUCCUUACCGUCGUCGUUGUCAUGGAGUUCACCGCCGGUGGAACGCUGAGCAAAGGCCUCAACAGGACAUUCGCAACGCUUCUCGCCGGAGCGCUCGGGCUCGCCGCACAACGCCUUGCGGCGCUGUCCAGUCACAGUGCCGGCGAGCCCAUACUUCUCAGUGUCUUUGUAUUUCUAUUAGCGGCCAUGGCGACAUUUUCUCGGUUUGUGCCGGAGAUUAAAGCGAGAUAUGACUACGGAGUGACGAUAUUUAUACUGACGUUUAGCAUGGUGGCGGUGUCCGGAUACAGAGAGGAGGAGCUGAUUAAAUUGGCGCUGCAGAGGCUUUCCACAAUAGCAAUUGGGGUGGCGACUUGCGUCGCCAUCUCCAUUUUUGUUUUUCCUGUGUGGGCUGGAGAGGAUCUUCAUAAUCUCCUGCCUGCUAAUAUUGACAAGCUUGCUUGCUUCUUGUUAGGACUGGAAAGAGAGUACUUUGGAGAAAAAAUGGGAAGUGGUCAGAUUUUGGAGGAAGCUUCCUUCCUGAUCAGUACUUAUAAGCCCGUUCUUAAUUCCAAGCCUACGGAGGAUUUGUUGGCAAAUUUUGCAAGAUGGGAGCCAGGCCAUGGAUGUUUUGGCUUUUGUCAUCCAUGGAAGCUGUAUCUUAAGAUCGGAGCUCUAACUCGUCAAUGUGCGUAUUCUAUGGAAGCCAUCAGCUCCCACAUUUCCACUAGUAAAAACAGUAAGGUAGUGAUCACAGAUACAGAGUUCAAAGAAAGGAUCCGAAUUGCAUGCGCGGAGAUGAGCUCCGAAACCGGGAAGGCAUUAGCGGAGCUAGCGACUGCUAUCCGGCAGAUGAGAACGCCAUCCACCGCCGUUGCGCAACACCUGUCAAACGCCACGACAGCCUCCGAAAGUCUCAAGACAUUAUCACCGGCGAAGGACGCGUCCUUGCCGGAGAUUCUCCAGUCGGCUACCACGGCUUUCCUCUUAUCGGCGGUCGUUAAAUCCGCCCACCACUUGGCCACCGCCGUCGAAGAGCUCAGCCGUGUUGCGCAUUUCAAGCGGCAGGAUCAAGCGCACAAGGAUUCCGCCGUCAAGCCCGUCGCCGGCGGCGAAAGCCCGCCCCACGUGGUUGUUGAAAUAGAGAAGUAA